AUGCGUUUCUUGAACACUUCUAUCGCUUGGCUUCUUGCCUUUUUGGCAAUGGUGACUGCUACGUCUACCGCGGAACCAUUUCGCAGUAUCAUGUAUCUUACGGGUCAACACGACGUUGUUCCGAUCAAGGAGAAAUUUCAAGAUGUUUCUCAUGUUGUUUUAGCAUUUAUGCGCUCCGAAUUCUUCAACGUUGAUAAAAAGCCCGAUGAUUACCCUAUGUUCACCUCGGUCUCAGAUGUCCGCGCCCGAGUCCCUCACCACGCCAAGGUCAUGAUAGCCAUUGGGGGAUGGGGAGACAAUCAAGGAUUUGAAGAAGCUGCAAAGACCGAAUCAUCGAGAAAGCGUUGGGCCCGGCAAGUUGCGGCUAUGGUGGCAACGACAGAGGCUGAUGGUAUCGACGUCGACUGGGAAUACCCAGGAGGAAACCGGGAUGAUUACAAGGAGAUUCCCAAUUCUGGACGUGAAUGGGAGAUCGAGGCCUUUGUCUCGCUUCUCCAAGAGUUACGUGCUGCUCUUGGCACCGAGAAGAUCCUCUCCACGGCAGUCCCGGGUAAGGAGGCCGAUUUGAUUGCAUUCACGACCGAAACCGUUCCUAGAAUCAUGAAGGAAGUCGACUUUCUGAACAUCAUGUCUUAUGAGAUGAUGAACCGCCGAGACAAUGUUACUGUCCACCAAAGCGGCAUUACCAAUUCUCGGGAAGCUGUUCAACGAUAUAUUGACCGCGGUGCUUCGCCCAGCCAUGUAAACCUCGGUCUCGGGUACUAUGUCAAGUGGUACAUGACCAAGAAGUGCGAUCCAGCGAAGCCUAUGGGCUGUCCCGUUCCAGUCCAUGAGGAUCCAGAGACCGGGGCCGACUUGGGCGGAACUGGUGGCUUCAGCUGGCACGAUGAUGUUCCUAUGGAUCUCGCUGCAUCAUUCAGUCGUGCGCAAGCUGAUGGCAAGUAUGAUGUCGAUGGAAGUCACUAUUACUGGGACGAGCAGGAGCUUCGAUGGUGGUCGUUCGACACGAAGAAGAGUAUCCAGAACAAGUUUGAACGAAUCGUGCCACAGCUGGAAUUGGGAGGUGUUUUUGCUUGGGGCAUUGGAGAAGAUGCGCCCGACUUUGAGCACUAUCUAGCGACAGCCGAGGAAGUUCGCAAGAUUCGGGAAGGUGACAGAGCCAAGGACGAGCUUCAAACGCCACAUCGACAGGUUACAGAGCAAUUAUUAUGGCACACUGAAUUAUCCAUGUAA